ACAACUCUUUUUAUUUUCUCUCCGUUGUAUGUUUUCUUCGACACCCUUUUGUACUUCGACGCCGUUGACCCACCGCCGUAACGCUCCUCCGCGGCCGUUAGCGGCGGCGCCACCACCGCCGCUGGUUGUACGUACAGUCGUCGUUCUGCUUAUUUCAGAUGUUGUCAUUGUGCAUUUCGAUUGUUUUUGCUUUGCAGAGGAGUACAGUGCGCUUCAACUGAAGCCUCACUCGACAAGCCCUAAUUCGCGUUACCGUGUGUGAUUCUGCUGAAAAUUGGAUCUGUCUGUUGGAUUUUAGCGCUCGUAGCUCCGGUAAUCGAGAAUGUCUGGACCGCCGAAGGUGAAAUCGAUGAAUUUGAGCGAUCCUGAAGUUCGGCCGGUGCUCGGUCCGGCGGGGAAUAAAUCCAGAUCCGCGGAGUUGUGGAAGCCAAUUGUGAAGCCGAAGAGUGAGAAGACGCGGAGGAUACAGGAUGUGGAGGUGACGAAGGGGAAGAAGUCGCCUGUGGCGUUGCAGGAGCCGGGGAUGGCUUCGGAUAAAAUUCCGUCUCCGGUGGGUUUGAGGAAGAGUUUCAGCAGCGUCGCCACGACAUUGAGGCAGAGACAGCCAAAUUUAUCUCUAAAUGCUUCGUGCUCUUCUGAUGCUUCAUCCGAUUCUUCUCACAGCCGAGCGUCGACUGGAAGGAUUAGCAGACGGAGUGGUACUCCGAGGACACCUUCGAAGACGAAGCAGCAAUUGGCCGUUAAAAGCGAGAAAAUCGAGACUAAGGAGGGGAACGGGGAUAAUGUUGAGGUUGAUAGCGAUGCUAUUGAAGCUGAUAGUGCUGUGGUGAAGAAAAAGUGUGGUUGGGUAACACCAAAUACUGAUCCAUUAUACGCUGCUUUCCAUGACGAGGAAUGGGGACUUCCUGUUCAUGAUGACAUGAAACUUUUCGAACUUCUCAGCCUUUCCACUGCACUGGCUGAGCUCACAUGGCCAGUCAUUCUUAGUAAAAGGCAUAUUUUCAGAGAAGUAUUUAUGGACUUUGAUCCAAUUGCUGUGUCAAAAUUAAGUGAGAAGAAAAUUGCGACACCAGGAAGCCCUGCUAGCACUCUUCUAUCAGACCUGAAACUUAGAUCGAUUAUUGAAAAUGGACGUCACAUUUGCAAGAUUGUCGAGGAAUUUGGCUCCUUUGAUAGAUACAUUUGGGGUUUUGUCAACCACAAGCCGAUCGUCAGCAAUUUCCGCUAUCCUAGACAAGUCCCAAUCAAGACAUCAAAAGCAGAAACAAUAAGCAAAGACAUGGUUAGAAGAGGAUUGCGAGGAGUCGGGCCUACAGUUGUCUACUCGUUCAUGCAAGUAGCUGGAAUUACAAACGACCAUCUCAUUACCUGUUUCAGACAUCAAGACUGCAUAAAUCCAGGUAAGAAUGACGACAUAACAUCCAAGAACGAAGCUAAACUGCCUGGAGAUGCACUGGAAGCUGAAAUAGUGAGAGACAUCGACAACCUGAGCCUGUCGAGGUAGUAAACUCAUGGGGUGCUUAAAACAUGAGCAAUCUGUAAUCCAGUAUGUGAAAUUUCCCACAAUUUGUAUGGACCUAUUCCCGACUGAAGUUUGUGUAUAAAUCAAUAUUAAUUA